GAUGUUACUGUCACUAGUGUCACUAUGACUAAACAAUAAAACAAGAAUUUUUAAUAAUUAAUAAGUCUACUAUUACUAUGGUAUAAAUAAAGCGAUUAAAAUGGCUUUAAACAUAUCAUAUUGCCCGCCGAAUAUUUCAAUUUGGGAUGUCUGGGUAGACCAUGGAACAUCUCAUUGUUUCAUGAACACACUAACUUCUUCAAUAUUGGCAUCUUACAUAUUAAUAGCUGGAACAAUUCAACUUUGUAUUUAUAGAAAAUAUGGAACAGAAGUAUCGCCCAACCAUUUGUCUCGAUCAAAACUGUAUUAUGUUCAAGUAUUUGUAACAAUAUUUUUACCAAUAUUAGAAAUUAUCAGAUUCAUAUUACAAGCUACCGUUUAUGAAGAUAAAAAUGUUUAUGGAUAUAUGAUUGUUUCUUUAGUGUUAACAUGUCUUGCUUAUCCUUAUUCCCUUUGGAUUAUAAAAGUAGAAAGACAUUACUUAUUACCAUCAGUGCCCACCAGAGGUCAUGGUAUAGUUUUAAUUAUAUUUUGGACAUUGACAUUAAUAUCAGAAAAUUUGGCCUUUUUGAAUUUGGAACAAAAGAAAUGGUGGUUUAAGCUUAGAAAUUUAACUGAUGAAUUAGAGAUGGCGCUCUUUGUACUGAGAUAUGUAACAUGCCUUACAAUAUUCAUGGUGGGUUUAAAGGCGCCAGGCAUCAUGCAAAAUGUAGAUUACUUCAGCCUAAACGAUCCUCAACGAAACUUUGGCCCUCCUCAAGAUCGCGAAAAUCGAUCAACAUGGAGCAAUUUUUGGAAGAAAGUCAAGGUUCUGUCACCCUUUUUAUGGCCGAAGAAAGAUGCCGUUUUACAAUUUCGUGUUUUAAUUUGUUUUCUACUAUUAGCAGGAGGAAGAGUUAUAAAUCUGUAUGUUCCUAUUUAUCAAAAACUUAUAGUUGACAGUAUAAGUGUUGAAGAGAGCCAAUUGCAAUUUCGUUGGGACUGGGUUCUCAUAUAUGUAGGAUUUAAGUUUUUGCAAGGCGGCGGUACUGGUGGAAUGGGGUUGUUAAAUAAUUUAAGGUCGUUUUUAUGGAUUAGAAUACAACAAUACACCACCAGAGAAGUUGAGGUAGAAUUAUUCAGACAUUUACACAGCUUAUCGCUGAGAUGGCAUCUCGGCAGAAAGACGGGCGAAGUUCUUAGAGUUAUGGAUAGAGGAACGGACAGUAUUAAUAAUUUGUUAAAUUAUAUUGUUUUCUCUAUCUUCCCGACAAUCGUCGAUAUAUUAGUGGCUGUGAUAUUUUUCAUAGCUGCCUUCAAUAUUUGGUUUGGGCUAAUCGUUUUUGUUACGAUGCUUUUAUAUAUAAUAUUAACUAUUACGAUAACAGAAUGGAGGACAAAAUAUCAAAGACGUAUGAACUUAGCUGACAACGCUACGAGAGCGAGAAGUGUCGAUUCCCUACUUAAUUUUGAAACUGUAAAGUACUAUGGGGCAGAGCAAUAUGAAGUCGACGCAUUCAGGGAAGCUGUUCUUAAUUAUCAGGCUGAAGAAUUUAAAUCCAGCAUUACUUUAAACAUUUUAAAUACAGUACAAAACGUUAUAAUAUGCGGCGGAUUACUGACAGGAAGUUUGCUUUGUGUUUAUCUUGUUGUCGACAAACGUACACUACAACCUGGUGAUUAUGUACUUUUCGCUACUUACAUUAUACAGCUUUACGUUCCAUUGAAUUGGUUUGGUACUUACUAUAGAGCAAUUCAGAAAAAUUUCGUCGAUAUGGAGAACAUGUUCGACCUUCUAAGAGAAGAACAAGAAGUCAUUGACGCGCCAGGGGCCGGUCCCAUUGCCGUCAAACGAGGCGAAGUUGAAUUCAAUAACGUCACUUUUGGUUAUCUUCCAGAAAAAUUAGUUCUGAAAAAUGUCACGUUUUCUGUUCCAGCUGGCAAAACUGUUGCAUUAGUGGGACCUUCUGGAAGUGGAAAAAGUACAGUAAUUCGACUCCUAUUUAGAUUUUAUGAUGUUGAGACUGGAUCCAUUGUGAUAGAUGGACAAAACAUUAAGACUGUUUCUCAAGAAUCUCUGAGAAGAUCUAUAGGUGUAGUACCACAGGAUACAGUACUAUUCAAUAAUACUAUAAAAUAUAAUAUUAAAUAUGGUCGACUGACAGCUUCCGAUGCUGACGUAAUUGACUCCGCCAAAGGCGCAGAUAUUCACGAAAAAAUUCUUACAUUCCCUGACGCAUAUGACACUCAAGUAGGAGAAAGAGGUCUGCGACUAAGUGGAGGUGAAAAACAAAGGGUGGCCAUAGCGCGAACAUUAUUGAAAGCACCUAAUAUAAUUUUACUAGAUGAAGCAACGAGCGCUUUGGAUACGAAAACUGAACGAAAUAUACAAGACUCGCUUGAGAGAAUGUGUGCAAAUAGGACAACGAUAAUAGUAGCACACAGAUUAUCGACAAUUAUACAUGCAUAUGAAAUUCUCGUCCUUCAAGAUGGUGAAAUAAUAGAACGAGGUAGGCACGAUAACCUUAUAGGGCAAGAGGGAGUUUACGCGAGCAUGUGGAGGCAACAGUUGGAGAGCAAAGACAAAGAGUUGUCGGGAGAAAGCAGUUUGGAGAGAAGUUAUACCAAGUAGUGAUAUUUUUAAUUUUUUUUUUAUUAUUUAAUAGUCGUAUGCAAGUUUUUCUUCGUAUUAAGUCGCAGAAUUGUAAAAUACCUUCGUUUCUAUUUAUUUCUUAAUUAGUUAAUUUGAAGGCGGACGAACAGUUAAAAUUUAGUCUUCCAACUUUGUAAAUUAUGUAGGCAAAUAGUAUUUAUAAUAAUUAUUAAAACUUGAAACGACAACAAAAUGUUUUUAUAGUAUUUUAAUAAAUAAUAUAAAUGAGGUGAUUGAUAUUAUCAAACCAUUUUUUUUAUUCAAAACCUUUACUUAAAUGAAAAAAAAUUAACCUCAAAUUGAAUUUAUUUUUUAUUUAUUAAAAAUAAGUAAAUAAAAAACAUUUUAAAUAGUAAUAGACAGAGUGGUUCACUAUAGUUGUUUUAUACAAUAAGAGGAGGUAAAUUUUCUGAAAGGUUUUGCAAUAAUCAGCCUUAAAACCAGUAAAAUAUAGACACACGAGUGUUUGAGGAUAAGAACACAGUAAUUUUGUAAUAUAUCUAAUAAUUUAGCGUAUUAAGUAAGUUUUUAUCUAGCAAAACGUUUCUGGAAAUUUACUCUUACUUACCUACAUCUUCAUUGGAGUUAAUACUUUAGAAAGGAGGGGAGCGCGUCAGAAUUCUACGAAAUUUUGAUAUAUUAUAGAACUUGACCUAUAGAUCAAAUAACUCCGGUGCGCCAAAGCUCUAAGUUUAACAGUUUUUGAUAUACAGGGUGUCCAAAAUCACUAUUUCAUAAUUUAACAUAAAAUUAGCACAAAAAUAAGUAAAACCUUUUUUUGUUUUCACCAACCAGAAAUCUCUAUUUGCUUAGAUAAUUUUUGUACAUAAAAAUGUACAGUGAAAUUAUUUUGAUAUUUCGGUGAAAGGAAGCUAAUACAUAUAUACUUCCAUUUAAAUUAUUAUAAAUUAAUUCCAAUAGUCAUCUGAUGUACAGAGUGUCUCAUUUCUUUAACAUUAUAAUUCUUUCCAGUUCAUUUUCUGAUCAGCCAACUGAAAUACCCAUGUUAAAAUCAACUAUUUGCUUUCUGUAUAUACCUACAUACUAUUUCAUCUUGUAUUUUUAUGUAUACUAAGUGUCCAAAUAUAAAUAACCAAAGCUAUAUUUCGAAUUCUUCCUAAAAAAAAGUUUUUAACAUAAAAACCAUUACAAUUGGACGUUCUAGUUUUCAAAAAUGUAGUUUUUAUAGAUUUAUGGGCAAAACGGUUAAAUAUGUUUUAUUUAAUGUGCUGAAUAUUUUCUAAACUAGUCACAACGAAAUAGGUAUCACUUAUUUAAAUUGUUAUAACGCCAAAAAGAGAGGAGAUACCUUAAAUUUUGUGUUCUUAUAGUUUAGGUACCUAUGUGUCUUUAAGAGUGUGCAAGUUUUAAUUUUUAAACAUUAUCAUACAUUUUAUAAAGUUAAAAAUAAAUUGAUAACAACACUUGUUUAUUAUUAAAAAAUUUCAAAAUAAAUAAAAACUAAUAAUGUGUAUGUCCUCCUCUGGCUCUUAAAACUUCUACACAACGUCUAGACAUAGAUUCUAUUAGUUGACGAAUCGUUCCUUGAGGAAUAUUGUUCCAUUCCUCCUGAAGUUGUACUGCUAACACCUGUAGAUUAUUUGGCUGUUCUCGAUCCUGCAAUCUUCUUCCCAUGAUGCUCCAAAGAUGUUCAAUGGGGUUUAAGUCAGGGCUGUUGGCUGGCCACUCCAUUACAGUAAGAUUUUCCUCUUCAAUAAAGUUUUGAACAAUUCUUGCAGUGUGGGGCCUUGCAUUAUCUUGUUGUAAAACAAAAUUAGGGCCUUCUAGAUGAGCCAGUGGAUCGACAAUAGGUACUAAUAUCUCAUCGAUAUAACGCCUAGCUGUUAGAGUGCCAUUUUCAAAAACAUGUAAGCGUGUACGCCCGUUCAAUUGAAUACCUCCCCAAACCAUUACAGAACCACCACCAAAAGCUCUUACUUCUCUUACAUUGCAAUCCAAAAAUCGUUCUCCACGGCGUCUAUAGACUCUCGCACAUCCAUCGUUGGAGUAAAGGCAAAAUCUUCGUGAAAAGAACAUGGCUCCAUUGAUGAAUAUGCUGCAAAGUUUCUUCUUGCUCUACGAUGAGCUGGUGUUAAAUGAGGAACAAUAGCUUGACUUCUUGAGUGUAGUUGGGCUUCAUGAAGUCUAUUACGUAUAGUCUGUAGAGAUAUGCGUCUAGCAGUGGCCUGAAAAUGUAAGUUUCUUAUCUAUGUAGCUGUUCUUGUCCUAUUUUGUAGGGAUAAUCGUACAAUUUGGCGGACCUGUCUGAGCGUAGUUAUUCUUUCUCGUGGUGUAUAUGGUCUUCUACGGAUAAUACCUAUGUCUUGAAAUCUAUUCCACAUUCGGUGCCUUCCUUGUACAAUAGGCCUUCCAAGAACAUCGUUAUUUAUAAUUUCAAGUGAAUGUAUGAGAUACUUUUAAUUUUUUGCGUAUAUAUUUUUUUUCUCACCUCCUCAUAAAAAAGUUUUAUUUUUUUAUAUUGAAAAUAUGCAUUUAUGUGUGCUUGUUAUUUGUAUAAAUUUUAAUGGAAAAUACGGGGGACAUUUAAAAAGAUUUAGAUAAUUAAUUCAGUGAUACCUAUUUCGUUGUGACUAGUUUAUUAUUAAUAGAAUUCAAGUUGUGUUUUCCAUUUUCAUCUCUACACUAUUUAAUUUUGGACUUUACACAAGUUUUUAUUUUUUAUUUCGACUUCAAAAUAGCAAUGAACAUUCAUUUCGAUUUCUGAUGGAAAAUCGUGAACCGCUCUGAAUAUUAACAUUUAAAAAUAAAGUUUACAAAUCUGCGAAAUACCACAGUGGAUUUUACACAUUACAUUAUCUAUUAUUUAAUUUUUUAUUUACUCAAAUCCUCUCUAAAGCGAUUAUAUUAUAUUUAAAGUGAAUUUUACAGUGAAGUUA